GGGCGCGUGACCCCGGCCCGCUCGAGCCCGGCCGCCUCUGCCUCCUUCACAACACGAGCCUGAAGAAGGAGGAACUUUGCAAAUAGCUUUCUUGUUCUCUUUUAAUUGCCGUUUGAGAAUCAUGUCGGCCUUACAGACCCUUGUGGAAAUGGGCUUUUCGGAGAACAGCGCAAAGAAGGCGCUGGCUGUGACUGGAGGAGGUGGUGUAGAGCAGGCAAUGGAAUGGCUCUUAGCACACGCUGACGAUCCAGGCAUCAAUGACCCCCCUGCAGAGGAUGUAACAGGUGCCGCAUCUGGGCACAGUCUUGGUUCUCAGGAGAGUAGUGAAAAGAUGGAGACUACUGAAACACCAGAAAAUAAGGAGACUAGUGAUGCACCAGCAGAUAAAAGUGAAGAGGCAGGAGAAGCUUCUGCAGAUGGAGAAGCUGCUAAAUCUAUUAAAUGUGAUGACUGUGGUAAACUUUUCAAAACUUCUGAAGAAGUCGAGUUUCAUGCUGUUAAAUCUGGCCAUUCCAAUUUUUCGGAAUCAACUGAGGAGAAGAAACCACUAUCAGAGGAAGAGAGGGAGCAAAAGAAAAGGGAACUAGCAGAAAAGAUUAAGCAAAGGAGAAAGGAGAGAGAAGAGACAGAGGAGAAGGAAGCAAGAGAGCGAGAGAGAAAGAGGAUCCAGAUGGGACAAGAAAUUGCAGAGCGAAAGCGCAUUAUGCAGGAGCAGGAAAUGAAGCGCAUUGCAGAUGAGCGCAGGAGAGAAAAGCUAGAGGAUAAAAUUGCUCGGCAAAAGAUUAAAGAGCAGAUUGAAGCAGACAAGAAAGCAAGAAAGGAAAUGUUUGCAAAUAAGGAAGCACCUGCUCAGCCUCCACCCCCAAAGCCUCAGCCAGUAGCGCAGCCAGCACAGAAAAAGGAAUACACGACAACAAGGUUGCAGAUCCGUCUGCCAUCGGGGGCACCACUUGUCCAAGAAUUUAAAGCCAAGGAAACACUGUCAGCUGUCCGUCUUUGGAUCAGCCUCAAUCGGAAGGACGGAGUACCCACAGAUGAGCCUUUCAACCUUUCUAUGUCAUUCCCAAGGAAGAAUUUCUCAGAUGAAGAUAUGGAUAAGCCUUUGGAUGUUUUAGGCCUGGUUCCAUCAGCUGUACUAAUGGUAUCAAAGUAGACAGGUCAUACAGUUUCCAUAUAGAAGCCAGGCUAACAGAUGUACUCCAUUGGUCAUUUUCAUUUUCAAUGUAACCAUCUGCUCAAGGUAUCCUUAAGAUUGCAUGUCUUACGGUGCAUUUUUGAGGAUUUUCGCACACAAGUGAUGAUAGAAUAUGAUGAUAAAUUCACAGGAUAAUCAUAUUUGCUAUGUUUACACAACCAGUGUUUGAAUAAAGAUUUUAGUAAAUGCA